CCUGUCCUUGAGGCAGUCAAAGCCACAGUGACCAUCAGCAAGGACCAACGCCUGUCUUUGGCUCAGAAAACAAUGUAGCCUGGGCUGAAACUAGGACCUGCAGGGCCAGAGGGAUUUCACUGGAGCCUGAUGGAAGGGUGACAGAGGGAGCCCUACUCUGGAAGCUGUCAGUCCCAGGGCACUGGGGAGGGCUGAGGCCAACCAUGCCCAGCCUGCUGCUGCUGUUCACGGCUGCUCUGCUGUCCAGCUGGGUUCACCUUCUGAUAGAAGCCAACUCCUGGUGGUCAUUAGCUAUGAACCCAGUGCAGAGACCCGAGAUGUUUAUCAUCGGUGCCCAGCCUGUGUGCAGCCAGCUUCCUGGGCUCUCCCCUGGCCAGAGGAAGCUGUGCCAAUUGUACCAGGAGCACAUGGCCUACAUAGGGGAGGGAGCCAAGAUGGGCAUCAAGGAAUGCCAGCACCAGUUCCGGCAGCGGCGGUGGAACUGCAGCACAGUGGACAACGCGUCUGUCUUUGGGAGAGUCAUGCAGAUAGGUAGCCGAGAGACUGCCUUCACCUACGCGGUGAGCGCCGCGGGCGUCGUCAACGCCAUCAGCCGGGCCUGCCGCGAGGGCGAGCUCUCCACCUGUGGCUGCAGCAGGACCGCGCGGCCCAAGGACCUGCCCCGGGACUGGCUGUGGGGCGGCUGUGGGGACAAUGUGGAGUACGGCUACCGCUUCGCCAAGGAGUUCGUGGACGCCCGGGAGCGAGAGAAGAAUUUUGCUAAGGGAUCGGAGGAGCAGGGCCGCGUGCUCAUGAACCUGCAGAACAACGAGGCGGGUCGCAGGGCUGUGUAUAAGAUGGCAGAUGUAGCCUGCAAAUGCCACGGCGUCUCGGGGUCCUGCAGCCUCAAGACCUGCUGGUUGCAGCUGGCCGAGUUCCGCAAGGUGGGGGACCGGCUGAAGGAGAAGUACGACAGUGCGGCUGCCAUGCGCAUCACCCGCAAGGGCCGGCUGGAGCUGGUCAACAGCCGCUUCACCCAGCCCACUCCAGAGGACCUUGUGUACGUGGACCCCAGCCCUGACUACUGCCUGCGCAACGAGAGCACGGGCUCCCUGGGCACGCAGGGCCGCCUUUGCAACAAGACCUCAGAGGGCAUGGACGGCUGUGAGCUCAUGUGCUGCGGCCGAGGCUACAACCAGUUCAAGAGCGUGCAGGUGGAGCGCUGCCACUGCAAGUUCCACUGGUGCUGCUUCGUCAAGUGCAAGAAGUGCGCCGAGAUCGUGGACCAGUACACCUGUAAAUAGCGCCGGGGCCUGCUCCCGGCCCCGCCCACACUCUGCCUCACAAAGGUCUAUGUUAUAAAAAUCUAUAUAAAUCUAUUUUAUAUUUGUGUAAAUAAAUGGAUGGAUGCUAAAUAAUGGAACGAUGGAAACGGAAAGGAAAGCUUAUUUAAGACAUGCUGGAGGUCUUUGAAGAGUGGACCUUGCUGGCUGUCUCCUCCUGGGGGAUGAGAGGCGGGGCUUUUUCUCUGGAGAGGACUCUCAGGAUGUAGGCACUUGGAAAUAUUUACUGUCUGUCCACUGUGGCCUGGAGGAGGGAGGCUGUGGUUGGAUGGAGGAGAUAAUCUUGUCUGGAAGUCUGGAGUCUUUGUUGGUUAGAUGACCGCCCAUGACCCUGGCCACUAGACCAAGAGGCCCUGUGAAGGUGGUGGGGAUUCAGCUUCAACCCCGAUGUCUUCAGGGUCUUGCCCGGAAUGUAGAUUGGUUGCAGAAGAGGCCCGGUGCUCUCCUACUCUUCAUUCACAUGCAUAUGUGCAGCAUCUACAGUUACAGGAAUGGCUUCUUCCCUAAAAUGAGGAGAAGUCCAAUAUUAUCUCUGGCCCAGUGACCACCAAGAGAUCUGCACCUCCCGGACUUCAGGCCUGCCUUCCAGCGAGACUUCUUCACCUUGCACAGUUGACUAGCUGCUGCCACAAGUUCCCCACCUGAGGAGGAAAGGGGGCCGUUUGACCCAACAUGUCAGGAAAGUCCUGAACUGAAUGUUUGUGCCUGGGCUGCAGAAGCCUGGGGGACAUGACCAGGCUGCGUGGACACUGUGCUGUCCUCUCCCCCCUCCCCAGGGGAAGCUUAAGCUGCUGCUGUCACUCCUCCACCCGAGGGAGGCCUGGCAACCCCAGGCCGCGGCAACGGGUCAGGCUGGCGGCUGGCACACUCAUCAUCUCUGCCCCAGCUGUACAGUUUCUCUCUGACAUUAAAUGCCCUUC